AUGUUUCUCAUUUCAAUAAUUGUUAUUAAUAGCGUUGCUCAAAAUAGGCAGAAUGAGAUUAAUAUAUGUGUAAAAAAACUCCAAUCUCAAGAUGAUUCUGAAUAUACUAUUAAAAACUCUACUACAACGACGAAUAUUACCGAAUUUUGCGAAAAAUUUACAACAGGCAUUAUAGUACGUUAUGGUCUUAUUGUAAUGUCUAUAAUAAUAUUUUUGUUAUUUUUGGCGGGAGCUGUUGGUAAACAUGCUGCCCAACUUGAAGAAGAAUAUCCUAGAUAUGAUCAUUCCACAACUGUACAGGAAUAA